AACGACUAUUUGCAAUCUGUACACGAUGCCACGGAUCGGGGAGCCCGUCUGGCUUACUAUGAUGUCGGGGACGCCGGAGAAGAACCAGCUUUGCCAUCGCUUCAUGAAGGAGUUCACCUUCUUGAUGGAAAAUGCUUCGAAAAACCAGUUUUUACCAGCUUUACUGACUGCAGUCCUGACUAACCACUUGGCCUGGGUCCCUACCGUCAUGCCGAAUGGCCAGCCGCCUAUAAGGAUCUUCCUGGAAAAGCAUUCUUCUCAGAGCGUGGACAUGCUGGCCAAAACUCAUCCCUACAACCCGCUGUGGGCACAGCUCGGUGACCUGUAUGGGGCCAUCGGAUCACCCGUGAGAUUGGCCAAAACAGUUGUGGUUGGCAAAAGGCACGACCUGGUCCAGAGGUUGCUUUAUUUCCUUACUUACUUCAUCCGAUGCUCCGAGCUUCAAGAGACUCAUCUUCUAGAAAAUGGGGAAGAUGAAGCCAUCGUCAUGCCUGGAACUGUUAUAACGACCACGCUGGAGAAAGGAGAAGUGGAAGAAUCGGAGUAUGUGCUAGUCACGAUGCACAAGAACAGGGGCAACUUGCUGCCGACGGAGCCCGAAGACGUGAGGACCCCGAACUGCAGCUGCAGAUACUGCAAAUGUCCCACUUCCCUGGCACAGAACGUAGAAGGCGUUCCGCAGCAAGAGAGGGAAGACGCGCAAAACACUCCCAAGGUGGAGCUGGAAUCUUCUUCGGAUGAGAACACAACUAUUGUUCCUGAUGACUGCCAGGAAGACGAUGUGGUCGAUGUGAAGCCACCAAGACCCUGCCUGGACACAAAACUCGAGACUGUGGUGUGCACGGGGUCAGCUGCCCCAGAAAAGCGUGUCGCGAUGGAACCUGGCUUGGAGCCAACGGCAAACGCCUGGGGGAAGGAAGACGCGCUGGAAUCGGGCAGCCAGGCGGUCAGCGUGACGAGGUCACCCGGCAUCGCUGUGGAGAAGAAGCCGCCGGAUAAGCUCUUCUGCGCGGCGUUUCCUUGCAGCGCUGCCGAGGCGCAGACAAAGGUGACUUUCCUCAUCGGGGAUUCCAUGUCGCCCGAUUCAGACAUCGAACUCCGAAGUCAGGCAGUAGUGGAACAAAUUGCUAGGCAUCACAGCCCGCCAGCAGCGGAGGAAGGAGUGUCUGCUGAUCAGAACUGUGAAGCUAAACAAACUGUUGAGGACCAAAAUAGAGACUGUGGGACAGCUGAACCCUUUCCUCAAGUUGCUCGUGAGCAUCAGAGCUGGAAUCCGAAUCCGUACAACGCUGAGAGCAUGAGUCUGUUCGAUGAGUAUUUUACUGAUGACAGUUCAGUUGAAACCCGGACUAUUGACGAUAUUCCAGGGCAAGCAGCCACGGACCUUCUUGCUCACAGCAGUAGUUUUGAGUUUUCUAAAAAGCUCUGUGCAAAGCCCAGCAAACCACCUAGCGAAUUUUGUAAGUUCAUGGACUCUCUUCGGCAAGAGACCUACAAAAAUUGCUUUAAUGAGCAGGACCAAAGAGAGAAAAUCUCUAUUCGUGUCCCCCAUGGGGACAGGGAAAACGUAGAGAAAAAAGUCGCCCCAGGAAUUGAUUGGGACAUUCCAAGAAAUGAGAGUUCGGAUAGUGCCCUGGGCGACAGUGAAAGUGAGGAUACAGGUCAUGAGCUAGCCAGACCCGGUGGUAACUAUUACGGAGGAGAGCAGGAAGACUGGGCAGAAGAAUACGAGAUUCCUUUCCCUGGAUCAAAAUUAGUUGAAGUGAACUCUGUCCAGCCCAGUAUUGCCAAUUUUGGAAGAUCCUUACUAGGUGGCUACUGUUCAUCUUACGUCCCUGACUUUGUUUUGCAAGGAAUAGGAAGUGAUGAAAAGCUGAGGCACUGUUUGGUGUCAGAUUUGUCUCACGCUGUGCAGCACCCUGUUCUGGAUGAACCGAUCGCGGAGGCAGUCUGCAUCAUUGCGGACGUGGACAAGUGGACGGUGCAAGUGGCCAGUAGCCAGAGACGAAUGAUCGAUAAUAAGCUGGGAAAAGAAGUGUUAGUCUCCAGUCUCGUCUCCAACCUGCUGCAUUCCACUCUUCAGCUUUACAAGCAUAAUUUGUCUCCGAACUUCUGUGUCAUGCACCUGGAGGACCGGCUGCAGGAGCUGUAUUUCAAAAGCAAGAUGCUGUCCGAGUAUCUCAAGGGCCAGAUGAGAGUCCACGUCAAGGAGCUGGGCGUGGUGCUGGGGUAGGAUCCCAACCUCCCU